AUUGCUCAAAAUGAGGUGUCAGCUUAUUGUUUUUCUUUGUAUUUAUUUUACAUCUUUACAUGCUCUCCCUCCGUUUACAUUGCAACCAGUUGUUGACAAGGCUAAGGAUGCAAUAUCAAAGGCAUUGCCUGUCAAGCCAACAGGCCUCAACAAGACGACCUACUUGGAUACAAUGGCUGGGAUUGUCCACUACUUUAGGCAGUUCCAAGAUUCUGAUGGAGCAAUAAUUGAUCCGUACGAACACAGAGAAAUUCAGUACUCAACUCCAUGCUAUGCCGAUGCAGCAGCUACACUGAUUGUCACAGGAUACACUAACGACACCAGUCUCCUUGCCAGUGCAUCAAAGGCUCUUACGAAAGCCUUUACUGACCUGGUAGCAGGCACUUGUGCUCAGGGGCACUGCAACUUCUACACAAUGCCAUGCAUGUUUGCAUACAUGUCACUUAAAGAUAAAGUGGACAAACAAACGGUUACCAAAUGGGAGCAACUAGCAGCACAGAUGAAUCCUGAUAAGAUAUACCAUGGAGGACAAAAUAACUGGGGAGUCGUGGCACUGGCAGGAGAGUAUCUUCGUUACAAACUGGGACUUAGCAACUCAACAGAAUGGCUAGAAAACGAGCUGAAGGCACAAGUCAAUGCUGAACAUUUCACAGCAAAUGGUCAGUAUCAGGAUAGAACAGGCUAUGGAGGACACUUGAAUCCGAUGCCUUAUGAUCACUUUCCAAGAAAAUAUUUGGCGGUGAUGAUGCAGUGGGGAUACAACAUGUCAUAUGCAUCUGACUUGCAGACUCUGCUGGAUCGUGCUGCUUGGGUGUCGCUACUAAUGCAGUCACCUUGGGGAGAGCUGCCAACAGGCGGUCGCAGCUCCCAACAUCAGUGGAAUGAGGCUGUACAGACAGUCACCUAUGAACUUUACGCCAACAAAGCAGCUAUGAAUGGAGACAUGGUGAGUGCUCGUGCUUUCAAACGAGCAGCCAGAUUAGCUCAUAAGUCAGUCAGAAGAUGGAGAAGAGGGACUGGUGACUUAUUCAUUGUAAAGAACAGAUUUGAUCCAAAACUGCGUCACGGAUAUGAGUCCUACUCAUUCCAUUCUCAAUACAAUUUGCUGCCAGCAAGCAUGUUAGCAACUGCAUUUUAUUAUGCUAAUGACACAAUAGACGAAGGGCCAUCACCAGCUGAUGUUGGAGGGUUUGCGUUUGAGAUUCGUGACUUUCACAAGAUAUUUGUCAACGUAGCUGGAAUGUAUCUAGAGAUAGAGACAGACGCUGACCCACACUAUGACAGUACAGGUCUGACUAGGAUUCAUACUCAUGAUGUCGAACCACUCAUCAUGCCUACAGCUGGAAGUGCACAAAAAGAUGGAUCAAUAGCCGUCGGUCUGGUCUACCGUGAUGAUGAAAAGUGGGGCAACUUGUCGUCAGUUGGAUACCUCCAACAUGUCAACUAUACAUUAACUGUAAUGAGUGUGAACACAUCAUAUGCUCAUAUUGCCAUAUCUUGGAACAUCAGCCAAGCAAACCAAGCAUACAAAUUGGUUGAACAGGAAUACUCUGUUUAUCCAGAUAGAGUAGAGGGAAUGGCGCUUGUUAAUCUGCUUAUUAUCAACCUUGGAUUCUCAUUUCCUGCUUUUCUCUAUGAUGGACAAACAAAUUCAACAGUCAAAAACAACAGUGAAAAGAAAUGUCAGACGACUGUGGAAUGGGGACAGUCAUCAACCACGUUUGAAAUCACCGACUUCACGCCAUACAGAUACAACUGCUCAUGCCAGCAACAACCAGGAGAAAUCUAUUCUCGUAAUGGAUAUCUGGCUGAUGUGAGGUGCUAUGUGGCCGAAGCAACACUCGACUCUGCAACCCUUUCAUAUCGACUCACUCCAAAACAUUCGGGCACCUCAUCACUGAUGCAACCCAGCAAGCCAUCGAAAACAAGACAGCAAUCCAGAUCACGAUAUUUAUCAGCCACCGUCCCGGAUGUACAUGUCCCGGAUAUAAUAAUGGACAUUGAGUUGCUAGAUCAGCAGCUCAGUGAACUGGAAUUGCUGCGUGCUAUGUUUCCAGGAGUCGACGAGCUUACACUAGACGACAGUGAAACUGUGAGAAAGAUUGAAGACUACGUUUUUAAGCGUUCAGAAUCGCUGCAAGCAAUUUCUCUCAUCACUUUCACGGUCAACUUGCAGAUUCCCGCCAUGAACGACAAGACAACUGUUGAGCUAACGUCGACCUUUCCGCGCGACUACCCGCACGCAAAACCACAUCUACACAUCAGAUGUCGAGAGAGAAGUCGAACAGAUGAAGACAAGAUGAACUCUGCUCUAAAACAAUUUCUCUCAUCUCUACCAGAUGGCGAGAUUUGCAUUCUACCUGUUAUACAAUGGCUUAAAGAAAAUGGAGGAUCAUAUCUAAAUGAGAUUCGUCAAGAGACUGUGUGUAGAAGUGGAAGGAAGAGGGUCGAGAGUCGACCACGUCAACUCAGUCAACUAAUUCGUAUUUGGUUUUAUAUGCAUCAUAUCUAUAGUAAACAGAAGAGAAAGGAUAUUGUGUCGUGGGCUGAUGAGUUGAGAUUGACUGGGUUUUCCCUGCCUGGUAAACCGGGCGUCGUUUGUGUUGAGGGAGACGUUCAGUCGGUCGAGGAAUAUUCCCAGAGAAUAAAGGCAAUGAACUGGAAACGAAUUACAAUUAGACAUCACGAGGUGAUUGACGCUGUAGAUGGUGAUCUGGAGAUAUUGAAAAAGUUUGGUCCAUUUGAGGAAUUGAACUUUGACGCGCACGCCAGUGGAAAGAGUAGAGAUUACCACAUGGAUUUAGGGCAAUUCUGUCAGUACCUAGAGGCUCACAAAGCAAAGGAAAUGUUCACUAUUUUGUUUGGAGUUGACGGAAAAGCAGCAAACAGUUAAUAACAGUUAGAAUCACGGAUGAGAAAUACGUGUCCAUUACCUGUAUGCAUGUAUGCAAGUUAUAACAUGCGAAUGCUCCUUGUACAUGUUGUGAUAUGCCAAGCCAAUACAAUGAAAUCGUGUUC